CAGUGGGCCAGGACUCCCAGCCCAGUACCUGUAAGGAAAAUUAUACAGCCUUCAAAACCGGUAAUGACAAAGGUGAGCCGCCGUAUAGCAGGUCGUCAACAUAGGUCGGGUGUGGUGGUUAUACACCCAGAUCUUAACCCUGGCUCUACUACUUAAUUAGCUGUGUGCCCUGAGGCAAAUGACCCUACCUCCUGGGCCCUCAGUUUGCUGACGUGUAAAAUGGGGAUAAGGACUCAGUAGCUGGUCAAUAUGCAGGGGAACAUCCUCCUGCCCCCACCCAGUCAACACCCCGCCCCCCCUCUCUCCUCCUGGCAGGUCUCAGCUGCGCUUCUCCUUGGAGGCUGGCUCCUGGUGGCCUUCCAUGCAAUUCUCCUCCUGUCCUGGGUCCUGGCCCCCAAAGAGCUGUGCCCAAGGAGGGGCAGUGGCAAAAUGCGGGGGGUGCAGGCAGCUGCAGCCACCACCACCGUUGUGGGCCUGCUGGCUUUCCCUAUCGGCCUGGCCUCCCCAUUUGCCAAGGAGGCCUGUGGAGCCUCCUCUGUGUACCACAGUGGACAGUGCCAGCUGGGCUGGGGCUAUGUGACCGCCAUCCUCAACGCAGUCCUGGCCAGCAUCCUGGCCGUCAUCAGGUGGCCCCGCACGACCAAGGUACAGGGGAGGACCAUCCGCUUCUCCAGCGACACUGAGAAAAUCAUCCUUAUGCCAGAAGUGAGGAAAUAAAACUUUCUCAGGAGUGAAAAGAACCCAUUUUACAGCUAUAUGAAAUCACCACGUACCUAGGUUCAA